GUGCAGCUAUGCCCGGCAUUGCACGAGUGUCUGUGCGCUGAUGCCUUUGUGUCUCAUUGCAGAGGAGUGGAGCAGCCGGCGUGCUCUAUUGUCUUUCUCUAUCCCGGUUCAGGGCACAGACAACGCCGGCUGCUCCCCCACAUUCAGGUCCAUAGUGAGAGGUGAUGCCCGUAGCCUGCCCCUUGCUGUGACACCAGAGGGGCACUUCCAGGGUAGCUGAGAAGUUUCCCCCCUCUAUUGGGGAUAAAAUGAAGGAUCUGAAGAAGUAUUUGACAGAAGGGCUGCUGCAGUACACCAUCCUACUGAGCUUGAUCGGGGUGAGGGUAGAUUUCGAUUCCUACUUGCCCCCUAUUCGGGAGAUCAUCCUGGGGACCACCUCUGCCUACUCUCAAAUCCCUUUCCACAACCUGAGGGACACCUGGGAAGGGUCCAGCCUGCACCCAAAAAGCCCGGACCUGGACUCCUUUUUUACCGCAAGGAGGCUGCUGGAGGAGGUUAGGGCGCUGGGGGAUACUCACAUCCCCAGGACUGAAGUGAGUGCCUGGCUGGUGCAUGCGGUGCCAGGGGAUGCUGAGGCUGGGAGUGCUGCACAGACACUGCUCACUAAUGAGGGCAGCAGCACAGGCACCAGCAGCACUGAAGGCCCCAGCCAGCAGCAACCUGCAAGGACCAGCAACCUGCAGCCAAGCCAUGCAGCCCCAUCACAGCCACACAUUGGCACAGGGGCCACUCCAAGCCAAGCUGAAUAUACCAAAGAGAAACCGGAAGAAAAGCUGGCAUCUAGUCGUGGCUCUUUUGAUUACGGUUACCUUAACAAUGAAAAUGGAAAGACAGCGCUAGAGGAAGAAUUAAGUCAGCAAAACCAUGAUGAACCAAACAUAAUUAGGGCGAAUAGUGUUGUUGAACUAAGUGGAACCACCAAUCAGCAAACAGAGAACAACAGGACCACCACAGAACCGUCUCUCUUCUUUGAAGAAUUUAUUCAGCUUCUAGCACAAACAGAAAAUGCACUUGAGGGUACAAAUGAAGAUGGUUUACAUACUGCACAACCAACAUCCAGAAUUCUACCAGGAAGCUCUGUGGGAGAAAUGUGGCAGGAUUUCCUCUCCCUGUCUGAUUUAAAUAUUACAAUGGGAAAUAUUCAACCUGUUUCCAACCCCAAUCCGAGCACUAAUUCUUCAGCUCAGUACAAUGAUGACUUUGCAGAAGCAAUUAGCCAAGAUGUUAGUCUUCAUGAAGCCAUGUUCACAUUAAACCAGACUUCCAGGAACAAUGAGGAUGUAAAAACAAGAGAGGAAAAUCUUCUGCAGUUAAAUUCAAGCACAAACCCAGAUGGUAAUCUAAGUGCAACCAAUCUGACAGACUUACUUCUGUCUGUCGACAACAGCACUAGAAACCUAACUAACCAAGAUCUUCUGUCUGGACUUGACGAAAAUGUGUUUGAUGAGAUCAAUCUAAUGUCUUUAGCCUUGGAAGAAGGUUUUGAUCCACUGGAAGUAUCACAGUUAUUUGAGGAGCCGGAUUCAGAUUCUGGUCUUUCUUUGAAUUCAAGCCAUAGCCCAACAUGUAUGAGUAUUUCUGACACUUCAUCUACUUCCUUUGGUGAAGAUGAAGGAGCUGCAGGCUACAGCAGUGACUCUGGGUCUGUAUCAUAUGAUGGCCUUGAAGGAGCAGUUGGAGGCACUUGGCCAGAAAUCAAUAAAUUUUGCCAUAUGGAUUUUCAGGAAGGAUCAAAUUGUUAUGAUGAAGUCACUUUACAUAAUGUAAACCACAAUCACACAUAUAAUCAAUUGCCUAACCAGCUAGAACCUAGUCCUGAACAUCACUACAGUUGGUCAUCGAAAGCAGGGAGAUUAAGAAGCCCAUGUAUCGGCGGAAUUAAUAAAAAUCUCAGUCGUGAUGAACGACGUGCAAAAUCAUUACAAAUUCCUUUUUCGGUAGAUGAAAUUGUUAGCAUGCCCGUAGAAAUGUUCAACAACAUGUUAUCAAAGAAUUACUUGACAGAAACUCAAGUAUCUGUUAUACGAGACAUUAGACGACGAGGUAAAAACAAAGUGGCUGCUCAAAACUGCCGCAAACGUAAGCUUGAUGUUAUUCUGAAUUUAGAAGAUGAUGUGUGCAAGCUGAAAGCCCACAAAGAAAAGCUUCUCAAAGAAAGGGCCCAGUGCAGCAGGUCUAUUAAUAACAUGAAACAGAAACUCAAUGACUUGUACCGUGAUGUUUUUAGCAAACUAAGGGAUGAACAAGGCAGGCCAGUGAAUCCAAGUCAGUAUGCUUUGCACUGCAAUAGUGAUGGAAGCAUCAUGGUUGUUCCAAGGAGACUUUUCAAAGCCGAACAAAAAAAAGAGGCUCCAAAGGAGAAGAAACCAUAAAUGGUUCUUAGGAGCACUGACUCAUUAAAGAGGAGUUGUUAAAUGAAAGAAAUAAAAAGACUAAAGCAUAUGAGAGGAGUGGUGGUAUUGAGAGCUUGGGUUAAAACACACUGGAGGUGAUCAAUUCUGAGCAUGAUAAUCUAGAUUAGCUGUAAUAAUUCUGACAUCUGUUCAGAUAACAGCUGUACGCUAAUUAUCUUCUCAUCUUUCUACAUAAAAUAUGUGGACUAGCUGCUUUACUUUUCUUCCAGAUACGGCACUAAAGAUAGGAAGUUGUACAGACUUCUUUUUGUUAUGCCAGAAAUUAUCUGCACUGUCGGACAAUAUUAUCAAAACUCUUAAGGUUUUUAUUUUAUGCAGUUUAAUUACCCACUAAUAACUAUUAGUAUGGUAUAUAAUCAUAAGACCUAGAUAAACUGAUUUCAUUUUUAUGAAAAGAUAGUGUCAGAAAAGCUUUCUUAUAUCAAAUUUGCAGGCCAAUUUUCUGGUAAAAUUGGAUUUUAAUGGAAUACUUGUAAAAUGGACAUUCGAAAAAUGAGACGUUGCCUCUUUAAAGGACAUGACUGUUGAUAUACAAAGUGACCUUAGAAUUAGUCUGUCGGCACUGGAGCACAUUCUGAAAUAUAAAUACUUAGCUUUACAUUAUUUUCAUUUUUUAAAUGAUGUGGUAUAUGUCUUUAAUUUAUAUUUGUGGUCUUUAUGAGGAUUUAAAUUAUGCUUUUUAUGUGUUGUUUCUUAUUUUUAGUUUUGUUCUCGACUUUUUUUUUUUCCAAAAGGUCCUGGUGGCUGUUCAUUGCUUUAGCCUUUCAUUAUUAAUACUUUCAUUGUGAGCAAACUGGAGUUGCUUGUUUUGUAUUCUUAAUGUAAUUUCUCCAGCAUACAAUAUUGGAUGAUAGCAGAAUCUUCUUUGUUUGGAUAGGAAUAUUUUUUUGUUAUAGAGACUUGGUUUACAAUAAUGUAAUUUCCCAGCUUGCAUUUAUCUUUUUUUUUCUUCCCAAAAAUCAACUUUUAUUAUUCCGCAUAAUUUAUGGUUUGCAAUAUUAAGUGUUCUGGUUUCAUUCUGAGCCAGUGGAGUGUCAUAAAUAACCAAGUAUUUUCAUUAUAUAGAAGUACUAUACCGUUUAAAAUAAGUUCAAAGAUAAGCUAUAUGCAGCAAAUAAGAGGAUAUAUUAAAAGUCUGACUUUUCUCAAAAUGUCUGUACUUAAAUUUAAAAGCAGUUAAGUGGGACACAAUCAUAUUGCAAUUUCAAAAGUCUCUAAUGAACUGAAACAUUUGCAGAGUGCCCAGACUAUCAUAGUUUGCAUUCUCUCUAGAACAAAAGUCACAUGUCCUUUGGCUUGUCCUGUCUUGUAUCUUCACUUGGACAAAUGGACAGUAAACACCUUGACAUUACCAAACAUUUUUUGUUGAUUUCUAUAAAUUAACAUCUUGUUUGCUGAAAUUAUUUUACAAUAGCUAAACUCCACCCACCAUUUGCCUUAUUUGGAGGAAGCAAUCUGGGCUUUAGUCUGCUGACAACAAGGCUAGCAAUGGACAUUAUGUUAGUAUAAAUUGCAUUGUUUUGCAGUUGUUCUCAAGUCAAGCCAAUUAGGGAAAGUCAGCAGGAUACGUUUCAUGUUCUGUGAAUUGAAAAAUCCACAAUUUUCAGAGCUGCAUGACUAAAAGUUUUAUAUAAAAAUCCUGUGUUUACUAUCCCUUUAAAAUGACUUAAAGGGACUUGAUACCCUAAUGUUGAAGCACUUGAAAGUGAUGUAGCAUAUCUGUAAAAAUACACUAAAAAAUAUCACCUGAAAGUCUGCAAAAGCGCAAGUUAUUUUACCUCAUAAUUUCUUCAGUCAUCAAAUCCCAUUGUAAAGGGACUUUAGACAGCCAAUCAGGAUUCUAAUCCCAGAACUUGCAAGGGAGCAUGCAUCUGGCAUGUGCAUGCACAGUCAUGUUAUUACCACCUCAGUUUAUAGAAAUUUACUAUGAAUUCUUACAAGAUUUUAAUGAGAUUUCGCAAGAUCACAGUAAAGCGAAGUAUGACCUUAGCACUGCUCAAGCUGAUUGGCUGCUGUUUUUUUAACAUGCAGCUGACAGUAGCUAAUCUUGUUAGCUGAAGAAAUUAUGAGGUAACAUAUCUUCUUUUUUUUACAUAGAGAUGUUAACGAGAUAAUUUCUUGUCAGCUUUUUACAAUUAUGCUGCAGUACUUUCAAGUAAUUUAAUAUGUGGGUAUUAUGUGACUUUAACAGUAUAAAACAGUAUAUCAUGGGCUGGUAUAUUGUGGUUAAUCUCCAGAUGCUUGCCCUCCAAUUAAUCACAAUUUUUAAGAUUACAUCUCCAGAUGAGAAUGAGUGAGAAUUGAGUCCUAAAGGAAGACAGCUUAACAAAGAGUUCAUUUUAAGGGAUUUUACAACAUAAAUACGAACACUGAAACUAUAUUUCUGAAUGUAUUUAAUAUAAUUUAUCUGCCUUUAAUGUUAUCCAGAAUUUAAACAGUGGUAAAUGUCCUAAAAUUCUUCAGUGGGUAUAAAAUCUCUUUAAGGGCCCUUCAAUGAAGUCUGUGCUGUUUACAUAUGCUGGUUAAGUAAACAUGAACAGGCAUUUUUUUUCUAUAUAUUGUUUGCACCUAUGUAAAUAUAUCUACAUCAGAGAAGUUUAUUUUGGAUUUUAAAAUGUAUCCUUUUACUUGGUAUAAAUUGAACUAGAUAUUUGGUAAGCUAGAGGUUAGAAAGUAUUAAUGCAACAGAAUUCCUAAAUCCUAUAUGCACCUGCUAUGAGAUGUAAUAAAACUAUCUAUGAAGCA